CCACCUCUAGAGCGCAGAUCAAGAACAGCGCGUGUUUUAGAAAGUUAAAGGUUGGACAUGGUUGGACUUUGGUUCCUCCAAACCUCGUUAGAGACGCACGCCUGGCCCGUUACUCAUUCCGGCGGGCCCACGAUCCGCAGCGAAAUGGAUGAAUACUGUUUUUGAGGAGACUUGACUUGAGGAAGAUUUACUUCGAACUACCUGUACGCGUUUCUCCAAAGGUGAAGUGUAACGACGGCGAGCGCAGAAUGCGGACACAACGAGUCAUGCAUUAAGGAAGAGGAAAAGCAAAGUGUGGCUGAGAAUGUGCCGGGGACACCGCGGGGUAACUGGGCGUAAAGUUUCCUGAGUUUGGAGAUUUGUCGAGGGCGCAACAAGAGGGGAGGGGAGGGGUAGGGGGGGCAGUGAAUGUCCAGUGCUCUGUAUGCACCGGCGUAUCAGCACAACUACCUUCAUCAAAUGUGGCUCCUAUAUGUGUAAACAGUAAGAGCACCAAAGUUAAUCUAGCGCGCAGAAUCCUCCCCUACUGGAUCCAACUCAAUUUUCAGGCCUUUUUCUUCUCCCCAAAAUUAUUGGACCACUCCACGUCGGAUCCUUUUCCAUUCACUUUUUUUUUUUUUUUUUGCAAAGCUGAUUCCCGAAGUGGCUCCGAAGUGGUGUUGCGGCUCCUCGUCGCCGGCGGAUCCGGAGAUCGGAGUCUCUGCACCGGGAGGAGGCGGAAUCGGAGCUCCAGGCGCACCGCAGGCUCCCAAGGGCGGCCGCGUCAAAAGGAUGGUGCGACUGGCUGCGGAACUGCUGCUGCUCCUGGGACUUGUUCUCCUCACCUUGCACAUCACGGUACUGCGGGGCAGUCCGCUGCCCCAGGGAAACGAGACUCUGAGCCUGGAUCAGGACACGGCACUUACAGAGAACAAUAUAAAUGCAAGAAUCAGCCCCGUCCAACGCUCUCCCGAGGACCGGCGGUCGGGCCCGGAGCACCGGUUGGCCCGCCGGCCCGCCACCCUCCCCUGGGCACAAGGCAGCAGCGUACACCGGGACGGCCCUGGAGCUUUCCUCCUGGACCUGCACAACUUCCCCGACCUCUCCAAAGCCGACAUCAAUGGACAGAACCCCAAUAUCCAGGUGACCAUCGAAGUGGUGGACGGGCUGGAGGGCCAUGAGCCGGAGAAAGGCCUCCGUAAGGAGAGCAAACCCAACUGGGCGUCUCCCAACUGGAGAAACUGGUGGCCUCGCUCUUCUUCCCCUUCCUCCUCCUCCACCUCCGCCGCUCAUCAGACAGAGGAUCACGAUCGCGCCUACGGGAGCAACGGGGAGGACAGCAACUUCCUCAGGCCCCCGGCGGACUGGGACAGGAGAGGAGGCGCGGGGGGAGGAGGCAAGGCUCAAACGGAAUAUGACUACAUGGACGGAGACGGCGACUGGAGUGACUGGACGGCGUGUAGCGUCACAUGUGGAAACGGCAACCAGAAGAGGACCAGGUCGUGCGGUUACGCCUGCACGGCCACCGAGUCCAGAACCUGUGAUAUGCCCAACUGCCCCGGUAUUGAAGAUGCCUUCAAGACGGCAGCUACUGAAGUGAGCCUGUUAGCCGGAACAGAUGGAUUCAACGCCACGGAGCUCUUUGGUGUCGACACGGACAGCUGCGAGCGAUGGAUGAACUGCAAGAGCGACUUCCUGAAGAAGUACAUGACCAAGGUGGCGAACGACCUCCCCGGCUGCCCUUGCUCUUACCCGACCGAGGUGGCGUACAGCACGGCGGACGUGCGCGACGAGCUCCGGCGCCGGGAUUUCCGCUGGAAGGACGCCAGCGGGCCGAAGGAGAAGCUGGAGAUCUACAAGCCGACCGCCCGUUACUGCAUCCGCUCCAUGCUGACGCUGGAGUCCACCACGCUGGCGGCGCAGCACUGCUGCUACGACGACAACAUGAAGCUCAUCACCCGCGGCAAGGGGGCCGGCGCGCCCAACCUCAUCAGCACCGAGUUCUCCGCCGACCUGCACUACAAGGUGGACAUCCUGCCCUGGAUCAUCUGCAAAGGAGACUGGAGCCGCUACAACCAGGCCAGGCCGCCGAACAACGGGCGCAAGUGUCCCGACAACCCCCAGGACGAGGACUACUACAAACAGUUUGAAGAGGCAAGGGAGUUCUAGACGGCCGUGACGCGACAGGAAGAGAAAAGGAACAAAACAAUGCAGAUUGCUUGAAGAUUUAGUUAAACCUCUGUUUUAGAUCAAUGUUAGGCACGGAGGGACCUGACUUACUGCUCUUAUGAAGCAAGAAGAAUAGAGUUAUGACACCUACUUAUAAGAACUUGCUUACAAGAACUUUUCUUGACCUCACCAAAACAAGCCAAACAGCGUUGCUCUGUUUAAGAAAAGAAAAAAUAAGAUUUUUUUUGAAUAAAAUAAGUCU